AUGGCCAUGGUGAAUUACACUACAGUGUCUGAGUUCCUUCUCCUUGGGCUGACAGAUCAACCAGAGCUACAGAUUCCACUCUUUGUCAUUUUCCUUGGGAUCUAUGCUGUUGGGUUGGUGGGAAAUCUGGGGAUGAUUGUGUUAAUUGUAAUUGACUCUCAACUUCACACCCCCAUGUACUUUUUCCUCUGCCACCUGGCCUUUGCUGACUUCUGUUACUCCACGGUCAUCACUCCAAAGAUGCUGGUGAACUUUUUAGCUGAUGUCAACAUAAUUUCAUUCCAGGGGUGUGCUGUGCAGUUCUACUUCUUUGGCUCAUUUGCAGGCAUUGAGGGUUUCCUUUUGGCAGUGAUGGCAUAUGACAGGUACAAUGCCAUCUGCAACCCACUCCUCUACAAGGCCAUUAUGUCUUGGAAAGUCUGUACCAGCUUGGUAAUUGCCUCCUUUUUAGCUGGGUUCAUGAAUGCAGCAAUACACACCUAUUUCACAUUCCAGCUACAGUUCUGUGACUCCAACAGAAUCAAUCAUUUCUUCUGUGACACUCCCCCUCUCCUAGCACUCUCUUGUUCUGACAUACACAUCAACCUGAUCAUUAUUUUUAUUUUUGCCAGUUUCAAUGAAUUAAGCUGUCUCUUCGUAAUUCUCAUCUCCUACAUCUACAUUCUCUCUGCCAUUUUACGGAUCACCUCUUCUGAAGGGAGACGCAAAGCCUUCUCCACCUGUGCCUCCCACUUGCUGGCUGUCACCAUAUUCUUUGGAACUAUCCUGUUCAUGUACUUGAGACCGAGCUCUAGCCAUUCUAUGGAGCAGGACAAAAUAGUGUCUGUCUUCUACACUGUGGUGAUCCCCAUGCUGAAUCCUCUGAUCUACAGCUUGAGGAACAGGGAGGUAAAAGAUGCCCUGAGAAAAGCAGUGAGCAGAAAAACAUUCUUCUAA